AUGUGCACCCAAAUAGGGGGCACUCGCAUGCUGAAAUUCACAAAUGUCAAGUGCAUGGAUCUGCCCACGAACAACGGUUUCUCCAAAUACGAUUUUUGCCGCCUAAAGGUUGUUGGCCGAAACUGUGUUGAGCUCUCACUGAAAUGUAGUCUCCUGAACCUGCCUAUCACGAAUCUAACAACUCAAAUGCAGUUAUUCCAGCGACGGGAUGGGUAUCGGCCGUACCUCUACAACGUCUACUUCGACUUUUGUAAGCUGAUGAACAACAUGAAUCGUGGCUUCUCACUGGAGCGUUAUAUCUUCGGAGCUGUACGCAAGAACAGUAAUUUCAAUCAGACCUGUCCCUGGACCGAGAAUUAUAUGUCCGUUGACAAAUUUGCCCUGAACUUUACCAAGAUCGACCUACCGGUGCCAACUGGAUAUUAUCGAUUUGAUUUCACUUUCUAUAGCUAUGGAAUACCCCGCACCUUGACGCAGGUGUAUUUCGAGAAAGUCAUAUAA